UAAAUUUCUUCUAAAAGAUAAAAUUUUGUAAUUCUGCUGAAUUAUUCGUAAACAUGAUUCAUACUACUGCAUUCCAAUUAAGGCAUUGAUUAACAUCUCGUUUGGUUAUGGUUAUUCAUUAACAUAUUAAUUUUUAUAACUGUUAUUCAUGCACACAUUCAGGUCUGGUUUUGCAAAACAGCCUUAUAGGGUGUCUGGUAUUUGUUUUUAGAGGACACUGCACAGUUGCUGCAGAUUACUUGUUUCAGGUUCUUUUUAAAAAUUUCAAAUGAUGAAUUCUUGGAUUAAUGGUAGCUUACAAGCCAAAGGGAAUGGGAUGAAGGUGAAAACAUUUUGAAAGAGAGAGUGAGCUAUAAAAUUAAUUUGAAUUUACUAUUUAGGUUGAACUCUAGUUUAGAAUCGCAUGUUCUGUACCUGUUGUUUCAGUGACUUCAAAUGUUUAGGUGAAUUUUAGGCUGAGAAUGAGAGAUAUACCAUUUUAAAAGGGAUAUAUGGUAAUUCCAUACAAUACUUGUUGGUGCCUUUUAACAAUGAGCUUAAAGAAAAUUAAAAGACGUUUGUCUCAAACCUUUCGUUUAAGCUAUGAAGGGUCCCUAGCCGAUUUAGCUGAGCAACUGAACAUAGGAGAGAACUCUUCAGAAAAUGUGAAAUCAAAACGAAAGCCCCCUUUAGAUAGAAAACUCUCUUUAUCACAUUCCAGAAUUUUGUUGGACCACCAUAAUGCAUUUCGUUCAGUGCCAGAAAAUCCUAAAAUUGGACCAAAACCAAAGAUUCCUUCGCGCUGGAAGAGGCGUUCCUUACCAGCUGAUCUCCACUUUCCAGAAGACUUCGUACUUAAAUAUGAGGCUAGUGAACAGAUUCCUUUAUCUAGAGCAUCCCGACGCCAAUCUAUGUCAGAAAUUGGUUUCGGGAAAAUGGAAACGUAUACCAAAAUACACAAACUUGGUGAAGGAACGUAUGCAACUGUAUUCAUGGGAAGAUCUCGGUUGACUGAUAAUUUGGUUGCGCUAAAAGAGAUUAGGUUAGAACAUGAGGAAGGUGCUCCUUGUACUGCUAUUCGAGAAGUGUCGUUACUGAAAGAGUUAAAACAUGCUAACAUAGUAACUUUACAUGAUAUUGUACAUACAGAAAAGUCUUUAACAUUAGUUUUUGAAUACUUGGAGAAUGACCUCAAAGAUUAUAUGGAUGUCAGGGGUAACAGUUUAAGCCCGCACAAUGUAAAACUGUUCUUAUUCCAAUUAUUAAGAGGUCUUGCAUAUUGUCAUAAAAGAAGAAUCCUUCAUAGGGAUUUAAAGCCUCAAAAUCUUCUGAUCAAUGAAAGAGGAGAAUUGAAGCUUGCAGAUUUUGGGCUAGCUAGGGCUAAAUCAGUACCGACAAAAGCGUAUUCAAACGAAGUUGUUACAUUAUGGUAUCGGCCGCCAGAUGUUCUAAUGGGUUCAACAGAGUAUUCGACACAAAUUGAUAUGUGGGGUGUUGGGUGCAUCUUUUUUGAAAUGGCUUCUGGUCGGCCUCUAUUUCCCGGUACAACAGUAGAAGAGGAGCUCACUUUGAUCACUCGAGUACUUGGUCCAUUGGAUAUGUCAGCCCCUCCAGCUAAACCGCCUGGUCAAACACUGUUGCAAAAGGCUCCUACCCUGAAAAAAAGCGGAGUAACAUUGCUAACAUCCUUCCUAGCCUAUGAAGCUAAAAAAAGAGUUUCAGCCCCAGAUGCCAUGAAAAAUCCUUAUUUCUCUAGUUUGGAUCCAGAAAUACAUAAACUACCAGAUACUGCGUCAAUCUUUAGUAUACCAUCGAUUCAACUCGAACAUGAUCGUUUCGCCGUUAAAAUGGGAAAGAAUCGACACACAAAACACUUUUCAUUUUAUGAUCUACUUGUAAGUGAGUGAAUCAAUUCCAACAAUGCAGAAUGAUCAGUGCGUCUGGUAUUUUUAUGCUCAAUAUUAAUUCCAAUGAAUCAUCAUUUUGUAAUUUUGUUACUCUCCCCUGCAAAUACGACCGUUGAAUUAAAUAGAAAUUCGUCUUUGAACUUAUUCGUUCUAAAUUUAAAUUAAACCGAAUCUAUAAUACAAUCGAGCAUCAAUAACAUAGAAGUGAUUUAUCCUGGCUUCUUACUUUUUUAAAUUUGAAUUUUUUUAAAUUUAAAACCCUCAACUGGGUAAAUAAAUUCUAACCAUUUUAUUUAUAAACCUUUAUUUUUUCGUUGUCUUGCUACUUGAUUAUCUUAAUAGCCUUUAAAUUUGCUCAUUUCACAUUUUUUGAAAAAUAAGCGAAUAAAAUGUAUGAGUAACUUAAUGGCAACAGUUAAAGUUUAUGCUUAUACAUAGUGGCUGAAAAUGCUAACGAUUAAAUAAUGUUAAUUCUAACUAAAGAAUAAUAUAACAAGAAUUAUAGAUUAAUGUGCUAUUUAGUAAAAUUGCAAUGAAAAUUUUCAGUUAAAUAGCAUGAAUAAUGGUUAAAUUAAAAAUUGUAUUUAUAAAUUUUAAAAUUCAAUGUUCAGUUUUAAUAGGAUUAGGUUUUCAUAGGUACACUUGAGUUUGCUUAAAAUUUACAUUUGAUCAUAAUCCCCCCCCGCAUUGUGUUUGUUUUGCAUUUGUCAUGAAAAGUUCAAACCGACGCAAAGUUUAUUACAAAUCUGAAAAAAAAAUUGGGUAAAUAUAAGAAAUUGUGAUUGAGUUUAUAGUUGGCCAACUAAACAUUGUGAUAGCGUAACAUGAAAUUUAAGUUUAUUUUUGUAUGAUAUACAUAAUUAGAACUAUAAACAGGCCCACCUCAUAAUUUUCUUAAAAAUUAAUAUAUAAAAGAACACCGCUUAACCCACUAGCGUCAAACCUUUAUCCAUACUGUUUUGUUUUUUUCUUUAGUUUAGUUUAUUUUAAGUUUUAAGCAUUAUUUUAGUGGCAAAUAGAUUCCACAAAAGAAAACAAUGUUAAAAUUAAAAAUCAGUAUUAAACUUUAAAAUGUCAAGGCUUUUUUAACACGCAUGGAAUAAUUCCAUAAGUAUUAUGUAAUGCCUACUGAUUAGAAACAACAAUAGUUUUAUUUAUAAAAUUAAAAGUGAGUUUUGUUAUGAUUGUUGUUAGAUUUUAGCUAAAAUUAGACUAAAAGUAAAGUUUUAAAAAAAG